AUGGAUUUGCUACGAGCUCUAGUUUACGAGUACUUGCCAAAUGAUUCAUUACAGAAGUUCAUAUCCUCAGCAGACUCAAGGAACCAUUUCCUUGGCUGGGAAAGGUUGAAUCGUGUUGCUCUAGGCAUAGCCAAGGGGAUUGAAUAUCUUCACCAGGGGUGUGAUCAAAGAAUCCUCCAUUUUGAUAUCAAACCACAGAAUAUCCUGCUUGACAAUGAAUUCAAUCCCAAAAUCGCCGAUUUUGGGAUGGCUAAGCUGUGUUCCAAGGAUAAAAGUGCCAUAUCCAUGACGACUGCUAGGGGGACUGUUGGCUACAUUGCCCCAGAAGUGUUAUCGAGGAACUUCGGGAACGUUUCCUAUAAAUCAGAUGUUUACAGCUUUGGGAUGUUGGUGUUGGAAAUGGUUGGAGGAAGGAAGAACGUCGAUGAUACAGCAGAAAAUGGCGACCAGAUAUACUUCCCGGAAUGGAUUUAUAAUCUCUUAGAAAAGGAAGAAGACCUGCGGUUUCAUAUCGAUGGAGAAGAAGAUGCUAAAAUUGCAAAGAAACUAGCAAUUGUGGGGCUGUGGUGCAUUCAGUGGAACCCAGCAGAGCGUCCUUCCAUGAAAACUGUUGUCCAAAUGCUUGAAGGGGAAGGAGAAAACUUAACAAAGCCUCCCGAUCCUUUCAGCUCCUCUGUCCCUAAGAGAACAAGUGCAGGCCGCAUGCCAGCGAGACGUCUUCACCAAGAGUUGGCAGCCAUCUCAGAAAUCGAGUGA